AUGACUGUCUUCAGUCGUCUUCUGCGGCGCGCUUUUCGCCGUCCCUUCCGCUGGCCAACAGCAUCGCCGUCCAGUCCAUGUCCCUGCCAUCCUCUCCUCGCAACACCGCCUCGUCUCUCCGUCACCGUCACCGUCACCGGCUCCACCGGCUCCACCGGCGCACAUCACCACCGAGCCCGUCCGGCCGGGCGUCGAGCUCACGCCUUCGGGCCGGACGGCGUCGUGGCCAGCCUUAACCAGUCGCUAAGCAGGACUCGAACUCACCACCUCACGCCGGAAGCCAGAAACCAAAUUCAUGGAUUUACUUGCUCCGCUGAUUCGGUGAACACGUCGCGUCACCGCCACUGA